AUGGAAGGUACCUGGUUUGCCAUUAUCAAUGCUGCGCUAUUCGUCAUGCAAGCUGUUGUGAACAUUGUGUAUGCGAAACGGUUCGUGUCGGUAGCACGUGACUAUGAAACGUUGAUCACACCUGCAAGUUACGCCUUUGCGAUGUGGAUUCUCGUUUACGCUCUGGAAGCGGUGCUUGUUGUCGUUGAUGUGUUUGCCCCGCGGUACUCAAUGUUUGCCGACGCCAAUCAACCAGCCCAGUUACGUUUUUGCUUCGGCGUAACGUGCAUCCUGAACACGAUCUGGGUGUUCUUGUACGUGUCAGGGCACGUGUACGCCUCAACCGUGGUUAUCUACGCGUUGUGGCUAGUGUUGUUGGUACUCUACGUUUAUGCCGUUAACGAUCGGACCGCACGCGAGACUGGACCAUUCGACUGGAUCCUUUACCUCUGUAAUGAGCUUCCCAUUUCGGCGUAUUUUGCUUGGGUCACAACCGUCGCCUUCACUGAGCUUGCGAUGUCAAUGCAGCAUUCAAAUCAUGGUUAUUUGCGCCUCACGACUUACGUUUCGUAUCUCUGCGUCGUAAUUUUGCUGGGAUUGCUUACGUCACGAUACGCACAAGAUUUGAUUGCGGGCCUUGUCAUUGUCUGGUACCUCAUUGCAGUUUCGAUUAAGCACGAGAGUUAUUCAGAGUCAGCACAGUGCAUGGAUAUUGCCAUCCGUUCAUGCGCCGGGGAGGGGGCAGCAGUUAUUGCGGCUAUGCUGGCAAUUAAUCUGUGUCAGUCACUUAUGGAAGAAAGCCGUCCUCCAGCCUCAGGUAUGGGUUCGGGAAUGGCUGUCGUCACGGGUGCCUCCUACGGCACCGCCAAUGCAUAA